AGCGGUCCAUCUUAACCUCAUUUCUCACCUGAGGUGAUCACAGUUCGUGUGAACAGCCAUGGGGAACACAUGGGGAAAAUCGCUGAAUAACGCUUGGACUUCUCAUAAGAAAAAUGGGCCCUUCAUGUCAUCAUACCGCUACAUCCCACCUACAAUGGAAGACUGGAGGCUACAGAAAGGUGAUCUGCUGGAAGUGAUCGGAGAGACGCAGCAGUGGUUUUAUGUCAGGAAGCUGUCUCUGAGGAGCAGUAAGAGCAGGCGUCAUAGAGAGAAAAGAGGCUAUAUUCCUGCGGAGUUCAUGAAGCGGGUGACCAAUUUGGAGGCUCAGCCAUGGUACUUCGGAAAUGUUACUAAACGCCUGCGAGCCAAACGACAUCUGCUAAAAAAAGAAAACAGCGACGGAGCCUUUCUCGUCUGGAAGUGUACCGCGGAAAAUCAGUAUUAUUUAUCAGUAAGAUGUGGCGAAAAUGUGAAGCACUACAAAAUUAAAGAAGUCAAUGGAUCAUUCUUCCUCGUGUCAAGCAAGACAUUUCCGACCAUCUGUGCAUUGGUUGAAUCGUACUCCAGGGACCCAGGGGUACUUUGUCGCAAGCUUAACAAGUCUUGCCUGACAGUAAAGAAGCAGCCUUCUUCUGUGGGGCGUAAAGAUAAGGACUGGGAGGUGGACAGAGGAUCUUUUGUGAAAGUGGAAAAAAUGGGGAGUGGGGAGUUUGGAGAAGUAUGGCAAGGUGUAUGGAACAGCAGAGUGGAGGUGGCUAUAAAGGAGUUCAAAGCGAAGAGCCCAGAUAACCUGAACGAAAUUGAAAUCAUGAAGCAGUUGCACCAUGAACGGCUCCUCAAGCUCUAUGCAGUCUGUACCAGGGACGAGCCGGUCUGCUUAAUCACUGAGUUCAUGAAGAACGGCACCCUGCACCAAUAUCUCAGAGAGCAUAAUGAAAUGAAAGACAUAGAAUUCCCCAGAAUGGUGAACUUUGCUAUUCAGAUUGCAGAAGGAAUGGCUUUCCUAGAGGCUAAGAAAAUUGUGCAUCGAGAUUUACGGGCAGAAAAUGUCCUACUGGAUGAUUCCGGGUGCUGUAAGAUUGGAGAUUUUGGCCUGGCACAGAGCACAAGUUCAGGAGAACAGGAAAUUUUAAUGAGUACAAAGCUUCCUGUGAAAUGGAUGGCCCCAGAAAUUUUUACAAGAAGCAAAUACACAAUAAAGUGUGACGUGUGGUCAUUUGGAAUCGUAUUACAUGAAAUUGUCACCUUUGGAGAGGAACCAUACUUAGGUCAAAGUAAAGCAUUUUGUGUGAAGGGAGUACAGAAAGGAUACCGAAUGCCCAAAGCACCCAACUGCUCCCAGUUCCUAUAUGAUGUAAUGCUUCUUUGCUGGAGGUCGAACAGCGAGGAACGGCCAGGAUUCGUCGAGCUACAGGAUAAGCUGAAGGCUGCAAUUCAAGAACCUGCAUCGGAGGAAAAAGAGAUAAAUACAGAAGAGAAGGACUGCACAACUUCACUGUGAAGUCUGGGAAUCUGUUAAAUAUGUUAACAGGUGUGGAAAUGAAGAAUUUUUGCCACUAACCAACUAGGCUACUUCAGUUAAAUAUGUAGUCUGACAGGCCAUGUUUUUACUAGCCAGCGGAAAACGUUUUUGCACUCCUCCUUUGUCUAACUUACUUGCUUCAAGUAAGUGACCUUAAUUUCCAGCCAAUCGCUUUCAUGCAUUCCCUAGAAUUUUUAUAAAUAUAGGUGAAAAGGGACACAAUAGUUAGGAUUAGUGCACAACUUUGUAUGAAAUAGAAGGACUUCUGCCAUUUUUGUAUGUGUAAAAAUGUAAAUUGUUAUACUUAAGACUCCAUGGUAUGUUUUCUGUGAGAGUUUUUUUUUAUACAAGUUAAAUCUACCGAACGUAAUUUCCAGAUCUUGGGGACAGAUUACUGAAAGGAUAGAAUUGUACGCAACAUCUUAUUAUAAAUGUUGUUUAUGGAGAGAAUUAUUUUUUAAUUCUUUUCUUCCUUGUUAGCUGUGCCAAAGGACGCCUGGCACCUUAACUGGUAGAGACUGAGCCUAGAGGAGGAAUUUCCGUCUUGUUCCCUGCAUACUAAUAAGCGGAACUAAAAAGCUGUGAUUUUUUAAUUUAAUUUAAUUAUUUUUGCAAAGUAGCGAUAGCUACCUUCAUGCGUUUUUGUACACUUACAAUUGCUCAAAAUCUUAUAUCCCGCAUGAACUCAUAAGGAUCAUAAAACAAAAGAACUCUCAGCCACAUUUUUGGCUGUCGAUUUAAUGUAUCAUCAGCCAUGUGUUAUAGGGAGCCUGAAUCCCACGCCUGUUCUGUAUGCGUCUGUGUGGAGUUUCUCUUGGUGUGGGAUUUCUUCAGAUGCUCCAUCAGUCCAGCACUAUGUGAUUAGGUAAAUUGGUGUUUCUGAAUUGCUCCUGAAUGUGUUCAUUGCAUGUGCACUUUCACAGACUAACAUCCUCCCCCGGGGCUCCCCUGUGUUGCCUGGGAUAGACUCCCAGCUCUCUGAUACCCACUGUCAAGGAUAGAUGUGUGAUGGAUAUAAACCAUUUUGGCAUUUGUUAUAUGGGCUUUGUAUUUGACCUUUGUUAUAUGAACUAUAAUUAUUCCAAGUCAGUGGUUCAAAAAGUCUUUAUACCUCCACUUCAGUAAUACUUAGGUUCUUCGCACAGUGUUUGCCUCAGUGGGCUGAGCCUCUGUACUUGGAACCAGAAGGUUGUUGAUUCAAGCCAGGCCUCAGCAGAACAGUCACGUCUGUAGGCCCUUGAGCAAAGCCCUUAAUCCCCAGCUGUGUCGGUGUCCCUGCCAAGCUGGCCCUCACCUGCAUAAGCAUCUGGAGAGCAAGAUGGGGUAGGAGAAAAGAAAAUCUCCCCACUGGGAUCAAUAAAGUGUCAUCAUUUCAUGUCA